CCGGAAGCGGCGCGCUCUAUGGUCCCCUCGGCCGCCGCCAUGCCGGGCGACCCCCGCCGCGUCCGCGGGCCCGACGAGUCGCAGCCGCCGGCGCCGUUCGCCGCCGAGGCGCCGGCGGAGGCGGAGGCGCGGGACCCCUGCCGGCUGCGGCCGGUGUUCGCGCGGGCGGGCCUGCUGAGCCAGGCCAAGGGCUCGGCCUACCUGGAGGCGGGCGGCACCAAGGUCCUGUGCGCCGUGUCGGGGCCGCGGCCGGCGGAGGGGGAGGGGGGCCGCCUGCUGUGCGACUUCCGGCGCGCGCCCUUCUGCGGCCCGCAGCGCCCCCGCCGGCCGACCCCGGCCUCGGCGGGGGCGGGGGCGGGGGCGUCGGGGGCGUCGGGGGCGUCGGGCGAGGAGCGGGAGCUGGCGCUGGCCCUGCAAGAAGCGCUGGAGCCGGCCGUGCGCCUGACCCGCUACCCCCGCGCGCAGCUGGAGCUGUCGGCGCUGCUGCUGGAGGACGGGGGCUCGGCCCUGGCCGCCGCCCUCACCGCCGCCGCCCUGGCCCUGGCCGACGCCGGCGUGGAGAUGUACGACCUGGUGGUGGGCUGCGGCCUCAGCCGCCGGCCCGACCCCCCGCCCGGGCCCGCCUGGCUGCUGGACCCCACCCUGCGCGAAGAGCAGCGGGCCCGGGCCCGCCUCACCGUGGCCCUCAUGCCCGUCCUCAACCAGGUGUCCGGCCUGCUGGGCGGCGGCGAGGGCGAGGCGGCCUCCAGCUGGGCCGAGGCCCUGCGCCUGGGCAUGGACGGCUGCCAGCGCCUCUACCCCGUGCUGAGGCAGUGCCUGCUCACGGCCGCCCGGAAGAGGAGCCCCGCCGUCGCCCCCGACCCGCCCUCCUCCUCCUCCUCCUCUCUCCCCGCCUGACGGACCCCGGGUCCUCCUCCCUCCCCGCCUGACGGACCCCGGGCCGCCCGCCCCAAAGCAGCUGACCUCGCCGGACUACAGGGUGGACCCGGCACCCCGACUCUCCUCACCCCAACGGCCUCCAAGCGCGGGACUCGCUGGGACCGCCCACCUCAGCCGCUUCGUCGCACGGGACCGUGCGGGUCUGCCCGCCUCAACCACCUGUUCGCACGGGACCGUGCGGGUGUGGCCGCCUCAACGACUUCACACAGGACGGUGCGGGGGUGGCCGCCCCAACGACUUCUUCACACAGGACUGUGCGGGUCUGGCCACCAACAACCUCUUCGCACAGGACUGUGCAGGUCUGGCCACCUGAACGAUCUCUUCGCCUAGGACUGUGCGGGUCUGGCCGCCUCAACGACCUCUUCGCACGGGACUGUGCGAGUCUGGCCGCCUCAACGACCUCUUCACACGGGACUGUGCGGGUCUGGCCGCUUCAACCACCUCUUCGCACGGGACUGUGCGGGUGUGGCCGCCUCAACGACUUCUUCGCACGGGACUGCGCGCGUCUGGCCGCCUCAACAACCUCUUCGCACGGGACUGUGCGGGUCUGGCCACCAACGACCUCUUCGCACGGGACUGUGCGGGUGUGGCCGCCUCAACGACCUCUUCACACGGGACGGUGCGGGUCUGGCCGCUUCAACCACCUCUUCGCACGGGACUCUGCGGGUCUGGCCACUUGGGGAAAUUAAAAAAAGCCCGUUUUGUACUUUGAAA